AUGUCGCGCAAAUCAUGGACCGAUGGCUUUCGCUUCGACAGGGACCUCUGGGAUCCCUCCAACCGCUUCGAGACUUCAUGGCUGCUGUCGCCGUGGGUACUUUUUGCCUGCCGCGCCCUAAUUAGCAUCUUCAUCUUUACCACCCGGUUUUAUCUGAUUGCCCGCCACUGCAUAUCUGGCCCCCGUAGGUGCGACGCCGCCGUCGACGAGUUCUCCUUCUUCACGAUCCUCACAUUUUGGGGCUUGGGCUUCUACUUUGCCUUUGCUGCCAUCCACACGCUCACCUACGCGCUGCGCGCACGCCCUCUGCUCGACUCCUUCCCCCGGCCUCUGCAAGCGCUGCAUGCCCUCUUCUACACCACCAUCACUGUCUACCCGUGGCUCGUCACCAUCGUCUACUGGGGCGUCCUCUACUCCGGCCCCUGGUACGAGCAGCCCUACCAGGCCUACUCGAACAUUUCGCAGCACGCCCUCAACGCGGCCUUUGCUCUUUUCGAGAUCAUCAUCCCCCGCACGGCCUACGACCAGAUGCGCCUCGUCCACAUGCUCUGGCUCAUUGUCAUCCUCGCCUUCUACCUCGCCCUCGCCUACAUGACCGAGGCCACCCGCGGCUUCUACCCCUACAGCUUCCUCGACCCGGACGCCAACGGUUCCGGCGUCGUGGUCGGCUACAUCCUCGGCAUCGCCGCCGCCUCGCUCAUCAUCUUCUGGGCCGUCAAGGGCCUCGUCUGGGUGCGCCAGUGGCUGACGGAGCGCCGCCUCGGCAUGGAUGGCAAGUUUGCGCGCCAGCCCGCGUACGACGAGACGGAGAUGGGUACCAUUGGCCAUACCGCCAAGCCAAACCAUGACCGCGAGGCCGAGCUCGACGGGCCGGUCGAUCGGUUCUGA